AGAGAAAGCACAACUGGGGGAAGGGAGUGGAGUUGGUCCAGGAUUACUGCACAUAGCUUGUUGUUAUAGAGGACUUUUUUUCUUCUCGUUUGUUUUUAUGAGAUGAGAUUUACCGUAUAUGAUACCUUCUCCACCUUUUCUGGUAGUUAUUGUUUGUGUUGCUGUAGAUAAUCAAAUAAGACAAAUAAGACCACAGAGAUGCAUUGGAUGGAUUAAUGAAAACUUGUUGGUUAAAUGGAGAAAUGAGAUUCCCAUCACUUGUACUGUCUCUCCAUCGCUGAGUGACCUGGAACGCCACACCUGCUGAGCACCAUGAAUGACUCAAACAACACGAUCCCACUCUGCUUUGCCAACACCAGCACCCCCUUCGUGUACUACCCAAAUGGAGAUGUCUCCUACUCAGCCACCUUCAGUGCUUUGGGCCUCACCUCUAACCUCAUCGCCCUCAUUGUUCUCUUCAAAUCCUUCCAUCAAACACUCAGCCGCUCACGCUCUUUCUUCCUGAUCUUCCUGUGUGGACUCGUGGUAACUGACUUCAUGGGCCUUUUGGUCACAGGCACUGUUGUGCUCUCCUUCUAUGUUACGCGUUAUGAUUGGCGUCAAAUAGACCCAAAGUGCCACCUCUGCAAUUUUAUGGGUAUGUCUAUGGUCUUCUAUGGAUUGUGCCCACUGCUGCUUGGUGCCACGAUGGCUGUGGAGCGAUUCGUUGGCAUCAACUGUCCCUUCGCACGUUCUACGAGCGUGUCCAAGGGACGGACAUUCUCCAUGGUGCUGAUGGUGUGGUUUAUUGCUGGCUGCAUAUCGUUGCUGCCCUUAAUUGGGUUUGGUAGCUAUCACAUUCAGACGCCGGGCUCCUGGUGUUUUAUAAACGUCAGCUCGGAGAGAAGUGACUGGGUCUUCGCCCUGGUCUUCUCACUGCUUGGACUGACUGCCAUCGCAGUAUCAAUUCUGCUGAACACAGUGAGUGUGGUGACCCUGAUCAGGGUGUGCUGUGGACCGCACAGGACUCAACGACGUCGAGACCAUGAAGUGGAAAUGAUGGUGCAGCUUCUCCUGAUCAUGGCUAUUGCUACAAUCUGCUGGUGCCCAUUGUUGAUAUAUAUUCUGGUGAGCGCAGUGAUGGACUCCGUAAAAGGUGAAAAGACUUUGAGCUACAUACGAAUGGCCACCUGCAAUCAGAUACUUGAUCCCUGGAUAUACAUCCUGUUUCAAGUGUCCCACCUGAGGCGAGUAAAAAGUAAGAUGAAUGUCAAAAUGUUGUGGCACAGCUUACCAGGUCGCUGCUCACCUCCAUCGUAUAUUAUUUUUGGGCUGCAAGCCACUGACUACAUCAGCAUGCCAGACUCCGUCUGCUCAUAAAACUCACGAUACGCUCAUUGCAAUUGCCCAUGCGGUUCAUGCCAAACCAUUAUCCACGAGUUUACCAUGUGACUCAAAUCAUGCUAGAUUCCAUGCCCCAUCUGCACUUCGUUUCCAUUUCAGGCAGUCACUGAACAGUCCGACAAAACAUUUUGAGCCCUUGUAUUUUUGCCUGUGUCACCUUUUUUUAUUUCCUGAAACUAAUAAAAGUUAUUUCUAAAUCAAAUGCAUGAUAGCUUUUCAAUUUGCCGAAUUUAUUCAAUCAAGCAUUACACUAACACCUGCCUAAAAGCUUAAAUUUUAAAAUUGCUGUGGUCCUUAUUGGGCAACACCAUGAACAGUGUUGGGCAAGUUACUCAAAAAGUUUUAACUCAUUGAGUUACAUUUUAGCUGUUACUCCAUAUAAGCUAUUAAAGGUGUUAGGUGUUCAAUGAUAUCCUGUGUCAAAUUGCAAAAAAAUUGAGCCGCCCUCCUCCCAUACCGCAUCCUCCUAGUAUUUAGGAAAGAUGAUGAGAUGAAAAAUGCCGUGAAGUGCAGGUGUGGCAGUGAACAAGGUGGUGGACUGAGGCGGGAUGCUGCAAGUUAAUUUAAUGUCAUUAGUACAAUUCUCUCAGGAUUCAAUUCAAUUCCAUUUUAUUUACCGUAUAUAGCGUCUAUUACAACAGAAGUUGUCUCUAUGCGCUUUCCAGAGACCCAGAACAUGACUCCCGAGCAAUUAUUACAUAAACAUAACAUAAACAGGAUCAGUGUGCUCGUGGGAAAGUGGGUAGUAAACUUUCCAUCCAUCCAUCCAUACAUACAUCCAUGUCUUCUUCCACUUUUCCGGAGUCAUGUUGCGAGAGCAGUAGCCUAGGCAGAGAAGCCCAGACUUCCUUCUCCCUUACCACUUCGUCCAGCUAAUCUAGUGGUAUCCCAGGGCGUUAACAGGCCAGCCGAGAAAUAUAGUCCUGACACAUAGUCCCGAACGGAGGAAAUAAAAUGUAUGUAUGUAUGAUCCUUUAUGGCUUGAUAGGUUUUGUUUUCUUGAGAUCCUAAAUUAAUUAUCUCGUUAUCACAGGAAAACAGAGGAAAAUGAUCCUGUUAUCACGAGAAAACUGAGGAAUGAUCUUGAUAUCACAGGGGAAAUGAUCUUAUUAUCACAGGAAAAUGGAAGAAAUAAAAUGUAUGUAUUACCAUUUAGGGCUUCCAUACGUUAGUCCAUAAAAAUUCAUAAAUUAGCUGCACCGUUGGUGUAAAAAAAGUACGGUAUAUGAUACAUUUUCAAUGGUAAUAGAUUGCUUUGAGAAAUCCACUUGUAAUUGAUAACUUGAAUAAAAAAAAACAACUAUUUGUUAUGUUAUUAGCAAUUGAAGAAAAAAAAAGUAAUUUAACAUGUUACUUUUGGGAGUAAUGAAUUAUUUAGUAACUUUGCAAUGAGUUAAAACCAACAUGAAACAUAAUUUGGAGGUGGUGAAAGUAAUUGUGGGACAGUACUGCCCAACACUGACCAUGAAUCACACCAUAAGCCAUAAGCUACUUGGCACGAUGCAAAGCUGUAUUUCUCAGUUGUUUCAGUUUCUGAAGCCAUUCUGCUGCUGAGGAAAGUGUGCCAGACAAAAGCUGUGGUUAACACCUCAUUUCAAUAUUUGCAUGCAAAAAGUUUUAACCCAAUGAUGUGGAUCCAGGUAAGUGUUUUCUGCUUGAGUAUAGACCACGGCAGGACACCGGCUAAAUGUUGGAGAGAAACUGCGGCCAGUUCAUCAUUCUGAAAUGUGCUUGUUAGCAUAUUUGUCUUCACCAGGGAUUCUGUGGGUAUUGAUAAUACAGAAAAUGCUGCAGUUUAACCAAGAUAGGGAGGUUAAUUGUGUUGUCGUAACCCUUGCCUCCAGAGAGCAACAAAAGAUCCUUACCACUGAAUGAACUUAACCAUGUCAAUAUUCAUGUGCAUUUGCAAUGUUAACCAAUUUAAUCUUUUUUCUGGUUUCCUCUAUCUGUCCUCUUUUCAAUAAUUUGCUUCCUUUAACUCUUCUAUGUGUCAUUGACUUUUGUUUUUUCUGAUCUCUUUAAUGUUUUCUAUCUUUGCCCACUCAAUUUCUUGAACUCUUUCCACCUGUCUCUAUCCUAUCCCUACGCCUUGCAGAUCUUUAUUGCUCAAAAUGCUUUCUCAGGGAGUGGUCUUGAGGUCAAAUACCUUGUACUGUGGAUACGCUUUGCCACCUGCAAUCAGAUCCUGGACCCCUGGGUAUACAUCCUGUUUCGUAGAUCAGUUUUCAAGAGAG